AUGAAUGAAGAGGAAUUGAAAGCACAAAGGCUCUUUAGAUCCCGCAAAUUCCUCGGUAAAGGAUGCUACUCUUACGUGUUUUCCGUAACUUCCACCAACCCUUACGAUAGGGGAAAAUCCUAUGCGUUGAAGCGAUAUUUCCCUCGAGAAUCCUCGCCUCUUUAUUGCGCCAAAAAGGAGUACAACAUUCUCAAAAGAAUCACCCUAGAUCCUUGUGCAUCGUCUUUUCUGCCUAAAUUGUACUACGCUUUCGCGAUCCAUGAUUCACCUGCGUUAGUGAUCACGGAAGCAAUGGGAAUUACAAUUGAUGACAUUGUAAAAAUAAAUGGUCCCUUGACAGAAGUACAAGCAAAAUUUUACUUGACUGAGUUGGUCUGCGGCUUAAAAUACCUCCACAGCAAAAGUAUCGUCCACUUGGAGUUAAAAUCUAAUAAUAUUUUAAUCGCAAAAACUGGACAUACUUUAAUCGUUGAUUUCGAUCGUUCUUAUGAUUUAAUGGAAAGUGAUCAACCUCCAAUGAAAUGGGAUUUUAUCGUAAAUCUAGCCUAUGCGGCCCCUGAAAUUGCAAGCAGACUUGUGAUUACCGAUAAAGCCGAUAUUUGGAGCCUUGGUGUAUUGACGGCGUUUCUAAUUGGGAAAUUUAUUCGACCGAAGAAAAUGGAUAGAGAUAGUGAGAAACAAGCGGCGAUAGCGGGUCGUUGGGAGAUUGAUGGAUUUUCUAGUUUGUCAAGGGAUUUGCAAGACUUUUUUACUCAAGUUUUCAUUUUUAAUUACCUCGAACGACCAAGUAUUGAAUCACUUCAAAGUCUCGCAUUUUUUAAGGAUGUCAAUUGGAAUGAAGUUGAGCAACUUAGGAUUAAACCACCCUUUUCAGCUCUCCAUCUGAGAACCUUUAUUAAGAAAGGGAAAAGAAUUUUUCCUUCGAGAAACCCCACGCUAUUGCGGUGCCUUUUCAGUUAUCAUAUGCCUAAAAUUGCUGGCAAUCAAUCUGAACAUACAAAAAAUUCAGAAGGUCAACGCACUUUGGUUCUCAUUACACCAGUUGUGAACAAUUAUGAUUUGACAAGAGAAGUAGCAUCAACUGCACUGCGAAAAUUUAACUUCAUCCACCCACUUUUGAACUACCGUCGACUGCUAUUAAAGUAG